AUGUCUCUCCCUCCCGAAUCCCAAGGUCUAACAUUGACCGUCCUGGGCUGCGGUACUUCCCCCAUCCUCCCCUCUUCCACCCCCCUCCCCCGCACAAUGGGCAUCGCCAUCCUCGGUGGCGUAAUGUCGACCCUUGCCUCCCACCACAUGCGUUCGCACCUCCCGUCCCCAUCCCCAUCCGGCACAUCAACCCCCGCCCUCGAACCCCCCGAACGCCUCCCUGGCAAAUUCGUCGCCUGCGACUCCCGCCGCGAAGCCGAGAAACAGGUGAAAUCCGCGCUCGGCCACUACAACUUCCCCUUAACCACACUCACAAACCAGAACGUCACCGGUGCGCGGAAAGCCGACGUUGUGCUGCUCGCGUGCAAACCCCAAGGAUUCAAAGAUAUACUAGGGGAGGAGGGCAUGAGAGAAGCAUUAGCCGGGAAACUUCUAGUCUCGAUUCUGGCGGGCGUAACAGCCUCACAAAUCGAGGGGUUUUUGUAUCCUGGAGAAGACACUUCGGUAGAGGGGAAGAGGUGCAGGGUCGUCCGCGUAAUGCCCAACACGGCCUCCUUCGUCCGGGAAAGCAUGAGCGUAAUCCAGACCUGCACCCCCCCUCUCUCUGACACCCACCUCCGUCUCGUAACCUGGAUCUUCUCUUCUAUUGGCCGCACCGUCUCUCUCCCCGCCUCCGCAAUGGACGCCUCAACCGCGCUCUGUGGCUCUGGACCCGCGUUUUUCGCGCUCAUGCUCGAGGCUGUUGCAGAUGGCGCGGUGGCAAUGGGGUUGCCGCGGGCGGAGGCGCAGAUGAUGGCUGCGCAGACGAUGAGAGGGACCACGGGGCUGGUGUUGAAUGGAGAGCAUCCGGCCAUGUUGCGAGAUAAAGUGUCGACGCCUGGAGGGUGUACGAUUGGGGGGUUGUUGGUGCUUGAGGAGGGGACGGUGAGGGGCACGAUUGCGAAGGCGGUGAGGGAGGCGACUGUUGUGGCAAACAUUAAAGACUCUCUGAAAAUGUGGCUAGAGAGCUGUGCAUAUCCUGUUCCUGAUCUCUCCCACAGGUAUUAUAAUACACACAUCUCGCUCUCAAACCCCUGGGAUGUGCAUCCAGUAAGUCCAGCAAGGCAAGUCCAGCAAGAAGGAGCAUUCCAGCCCCUUACCCAUAAUUCACCAACUCCCCUCUCAAACCUCUAA